AUGGCGGAGAGACUCCCAACUUCGUCCUCGUCAGGACGCAGGCGACGCGAAGCCGAUGCCUCUAUUGGAGAUUUCGUUAUUGGAGGAGAAAUCGGCAAGGGCAGCUUUGCCCAGGUAUACAGUGGUUACCACAAGAGCUCCAAAGCUACUGUAGCGAUCAAGUCGGUCGAAACCGGACGCCUGAACAACAAGCUCAGAGAGAACCUAUAUGGCGAGAUUCAGAUCCUCAAGACUCUGCGCCAUCCUCAUAUCGUCGCUCUCCACGAUUGUGUCGAGUCGGCAACACACAUCAACCUGGUCAUGGAAUACUGUGAGCUUGGCGACCUGUCGCUCUUUAUCAAGAAGAGGGAUAAGCUAAGCACAAAUCCUGCAACCCAUGACAUGGCGAGAAAGUAUCCCGUCACACCAAACUCAGGUCUGCAUGAAGUCGUUACUCGCCACUUCUUGCAACAACUGGGCAGCGCCCUAAAGUUCCUGCGAGAGAGAAAUUACGUCCAUCGAGACGUCAAGCCUCAGAACUUGCUUCUCUUGCCAUCACCCAGGUUCAGAGAAGAACACUCGCGUCCAAUCUUGACUGCUAGUCAGGACUCAUUGAUUCCUAAUGCCGGCUUGGCCUCUCUGCCAAUGCUGAAGCUCGCAGACUUCGGUUUCGCUCGUGUUUUGCCAUCUACUUCGCUUGCGGAUACUCUCUGCGGUUCGCCACUGUACAUGGCACCUGAAAUUCUUCGUUACGAGCGAUACGACGCCAAGGCCGAUCUUUGGUCUGUUGGUACGGUGUUGUACGAGAUGAUCACCGGACGUCCUCCUUUCCGUGCUAGGAACCACGUGGAGUUGCUCCGGAAGAUUGAAAGCGCCGAGGAUCGGGUUAAGUACCCGAAAGACCUUGUCGUCAGCAAGGAACUCGUCAAGCUCAUCAGCAAACUCCUGACAAGGGCACCUGUUGAACGCAUGAGAUUCGAAGAUUUCUUCAAUGACCCGAUCGUAGUCGGUCCCAUUCCCGGAGUGGUUGAGGACGACGUUCCGAAGCCGGAGGUUAAACCUUCCAGAGACCUUCGAUCCCUCGGCAGAUCCGACUCGACAUCUUCGCUGUCUCGCCGCUUAUCCUUGCGCCGUCAGACCGAGAAUGAAACUGUACGUGAAGAGGUUGAAUCGCCAAGGUCGCCCCGUGAGAAACCCCUGAGAUCUCCUAGGUUGUCAGGUCCAAUUGAAGGUCGCGCUCAGCAACCUGCCGAUGCGACAGCUCGUGUAAGCCAGUCACCGGGACAGGAAACUGGGGAUGGACUUGGAAUUCGACGUCCCGCUAUGCCGCAACCCUCCACCUCAGCACCUGCUCGUCCACACAGGCUGUCCAACGCAGCCAUCAACCGGCCUGCCGUCCGCGCAUCUGCGUCGCCUCCGACCUCUUAUCUCAAUGAGAGAAAACUCCGUCCGGUGACGGAAAGAAGUAUGACAGAGCAAGAAAAGGCGGCUCAGGAUGUUGCCUUUGAAAGAGACUACGUUGUCGUUGAGAAGAAGCACGUGGAGGUGAACGCCUUUGCCGAUGAGAUGGCGGCUAACCCACGCUUGACUUCCCUCUCACCCAAGACCGGGCAGAUGAUUCGUCGUGCCACACAACAGGGUCCUCCGACUUCGACCACCGGCGCAGGCCGCGUACAGCCUUCAAAUGCCGUGCAGAUCGCCUCAGGCAAGGGACGCCACGAUCGUCGUGACUCUUACGACAGCAAGAACUUCUCGGCAAGCCCCACGACUCAAGGAUUCAUUGCCAAGGCGAUUUCGGAUGCCAGCGUUCGUCUGUUCGGCUUCAAGGUCCCACAACACGUUCUGGGCGGCAAGGGUGCCUCUCCGCCUCUCUACAGUCCAUUCCCCGCGUACCCGACACCAUCAGGUCCCGUUGGGCUAAUCGGCGACGGCAAGCAGAGCGCACCGGUUGAUGAAGAUGCACGAGCCGUGAAAUUGAUUCAAGAUUUCGCCCAUCGCAGUGACUGCGUCUAUGGAUUUGCCGAAGUGAAGUACAAGCAGCUUUUCCCACUCGCUCCGUCAAUGGAUCACGGCCUUGGUGGCGCGCCUGCCGACCAGCUGACGGGAGAGGAGGACGGCCUCACCAUUGAGGCCGAAGUACUCCUCUCGGAAGAGGCCUUGGUUCUCUAUGUCAAAGCUUUGACACUGCUUGCCAGGGCCAUGGACGUUGCAAGUUUCUGGUGGUCGCGAAAGACCCGCGGUGACUCCACGGGCGUUGCUGCCGCUGAGGUUUCCAAGGAGAGCCUUGCACAACGCAUCAACUCUACCGUACAAUGGGUCCGGGGCCGCUUUAACGAAGUCUUGGAGAAGACGGAGGUCGUCCGGCUCAAGCUUAUUGCCGUCCAGCAGAAGCUCCCCGAUGAUCACCCAAGCCACCCCAGCAACCACGGGGGAGAGUCUGCUUCCUCGACCGCGUCCGGCACGAGGGAUGUCUACCUCACACCUGGUAUCAGCGCGGAGAAGCUCAUGUAUGACCGAGCCUUGGAGAUGAGUCGUACGGCAGCCAUCGAUGAGAUUACAAACGAGAACCUUGAAGGCUGCGUUACCUACUACGUCACUGCCAUCCGUAUGCUUGAGGCUGUCCUAGACAACGAUGAGGACACGGUCAAGCGAAGGUACUCCGCUUCGAGCAAGGAGCUUGCCCGAGAGGAGAUAUCUAGCGAUCUGGACAGUGACGACCAACAGGUUGUCAAUCGAAUGAUUCAAAUGAUUACUGGGCGCCUUUCGACCGUCCGCAAAAAGAUGGCGAUGAUUGCCGAGGCAUCGCGAUCUCAACAGGCUAUGCAGCUUCCAGUGCGGAAGCGAAGUGGCGAUGUUACGCCGCGCAGCGUGCCUUCAUAUGCUUCUUAA